AUGGAGAUGGAUACAGGGGAUCCUCUUGCAUCUCUAGACCCCCUAGAGAUUCCACAAGCUAUGAUCACCAUACCCACAGGGGCAUUGAAAACAUGGAGAAGAAACAGAGGGACAGAUGGGAGAUUACAAAGAGAGCCUAAUCUUCCUUUAAUUAUUGCCAAGGACAGCAUAGGGAAGAGAUUUAGAGGAGAAGAAGAACAUCAAGCAACUCAGCAACUUCACAAAACUCCAGAACAGUCUAACAGCAAGAAAUUGAAAUUGAAUCCUGACCAGAUGGGGGCUGCCAGCCUUGAGUGGCACCACAGUGAUCAAUACUAG